UCCAAUGUUAGGUAACAUUGUGCAAAUGAUGUCCGCAUUUCGAACAUACACUUAUCCCUUCACUCACUUUGCCGAGAAAUAUGGGGAGAUUUAUCGUCUCAAGCUUCCCUUUGAUGAAAUGGUUGUUUUAGCAUCCUAUGAAGCAGUUAACACUGUUCUUAGCAAAGAAGAGUCAUUCGGUCGUGACGUGAGUGGGAUCAUGAUUGACCGAAAUUUCGGCCAAAAUUUAGGCAUGCUUUUUGGCAAUGGAGAAAUGUGGGAUAAAAGUAGGAAAUGGACGGUACGAAAUUUACGCGAUUUCGGCUUUGGAAAAUCGCAUCUUCUCGAAGCCUCUGUGAAUAAUGAGAUUGAAAAUUUCUUGGAGAAUUUGGAGAAAGGAGAAAAGGAUCCUUGCAAAAUAAUUUUACCCGUAAGUCACACUUUUCUCGUCCCCGUGAGCCGCGUCAUGUACAAAAUGAUGGCUGGAUAUGAUACAAAAAUCGAAAAUGAGACGCUGGUGGAAAUGAACCGACAAGAUGGAGAAAGCCAGUGGAAUUACGGGAACGGUGGGAGCAGCAUUAGCAAUUUAUAUUCCUCAAAUUAGAUUUAUUUUCCCAGAAUGGACAGGUAGAAAUGUGCAAUUAAGCUGCAGAGAAGCUAUGCAGAAGGAG